CGUUGUCGUAUAAAUCGCGAUGUAUCAACCACCUUUACCGCCUCCUCCGGUGCAGCCACCGCCGCCGCCUCCACCACCGCCAGAAGCCGAAGUGGGGCUUUCUCCACCCGGCGUGAAUGUGGACUCCCAAGUCUACAAAAGUUCCGACUCCAGUUACGUGCUUCCGGAAACGCCUUCAAGCAGUUCCAUUUACAAUCCAUAUCAGCAACCUGCAUAUGGAUACGAUGGGUACCAAUACCAGGAGACACCCCCGCAGACGUACUACGACCAGGAGGCGUACCAGUACCAAGGAUCAGCAACUCCCGGAUCAUACUCCUACGAGGGUUAUAAGUACUUGGAUAACUGUCCUGCAUAUACUCCAAACUACCGCCCUCCCCACCAAAGAUACAACUCCCACAGCACCAACCAGGGCUAUCACCAUUACUCGAACUACAACCAAAGCUACAAUAAGAGAUACGAAUCUCGACAUGGAUACGAAUCACGUCAUGGGCAUGGUCACGGCCACUAUGCGCACCGACCACCUCGAGGAUCGGAGCACAACUACUAUGGAUCGUCAGCUGGCAGUGAUUACUCCUCCCGCACCUAUCGCGAGAGAGACAGGGAGAGGACUGAUUCUGCAGACAAGCCCAAACCCAAGCCAAAGGUUGAGACUGAAAGGGACCGGCUGCUGCGCCAGUGGUGCUCGAACUACUGCGAAAAGCCAGAGGAUUACGUCAAGAAGAUGAAUGCGCUUAGCGAAAUGGAGGCUCCCGCCGAGUCCUGGGUUCGGUCGUCGCCAGCCGACCCAUACUACGAACGAAUACAGAUUGAUGGGGAAAACAGGGUCCAGGGUCGCGUGCGUUUGCAGAAGCUAUGCGAUCUCUUUGACGAGGAGCUACUCCAGCGCGCGGACCGCGUUCGUCGCACACUGCCAGUUUAUGUUCCUCCGCCGAGAAAGGCGCGUCGCCGUGUCUGCAAACACAAGCACAAGGCCGAGGCUUGCUCAUCGUCCUCCUCGUCUGACGGGGACUCGGACGAGGAUGCCUUCAAGAUAGAGCAGGACUGCUGCAUGGAGGAGUUGUCACGCAAGCUGAAACAUCCGCAACGCGUACACGCGGACCUCUGGCACAACGAUGCCGGCGAGAUGAACGACGGACCACUGUGUCGCUGCUCAGCCAAAUCCCGACGUAUCGGCAUUCGGCACGGAAUCUACCCAGGCGAGACUGGCUAUAAGUUAUGCGACCGGAAUAGCAAUAAUGCCGGGAAGUUGUAUCACUACCGGAUAAGCAUCUCGCCACCUACGAAUUUUCUUACCAAAACACCAACUAUAAUCAAGCACGACGAACACGAAUUCCUCUUCGAGGGCUUCUCCUUGCUAUCGCACGUGCGACUCACAGACCUUCCGGCCUGCAAGGUAAUUCGAUUCAACAUCGAGUACACAAUUGAGUAUGAGGAAGAGAAGAUGCCGGAGAACUUUACAAUCCACGAGUUGGAUCUUUUCUUUAAAUACCUGUUCCAUGAACUACUGGAACUGGUGGACUUUAACCUAAUGCCCAACGUGCCGGCUGGUUCCACGGAAGAGAGUUGUCCAGCUUUCCAUUUUCUACCGCGAUUUGUAAGAGAACUCCCGGACAAUGGCAAGGAGGUGCUGGCUAUGUGCGAGGUUCUGCGAUACCUUCUGGACAACUCUGCACAGCUGGUGGAGCGCCAGCAGCUGCUGCAUCUUAAUCAGAUCAGUCAGCACGAGUGGCAGAACUACGUUGACUAUAUCAAGGGCAUGUUGGUCACGAAACCCGGCCACAAGCCCUGCUCCCUUCGCGUCGAUCAACUGGACAGGAACAACUCGGAUCUGCCGGAAUGCAUUGACCCUGAGACGGGCAUCUCCCACCCGGCAAUUGUGCACUUCGGGAUCCGGCCGCCUCAACUGAGCUACGCCGGUAAUCCGGAGUACCAGAAGGCUUGGCGGGAGUACGUAAAGUUUCGCCAUCUGAUGGCAAACAUGUCGAAGCCGUCCUUCAAGGACAAGCGCAAGCUUGAGGAGAAGGAACAGCGCCUGCAGGAAAUGCGCACUCAGGGACGAAUGAAGCGCAACAUUACGGUGGCUAUUAGUUCGGAGGGAUUCUAUCGCACUGGCAUUAUGUGCGACAUUGUGCAGCACGCUAUGCUGGUGCCAGUGCUCACCGGUCAUCUACGCUUCCACAAGUCCCUGGACCUCCUCGAGGAGAGCAUCGGGCACCGCUUCAAGAAUCGAUACCUGCUGCAACUGGCUCUGACUCAUCCUUCGUACAAGGAGAACUACGGAACUAAUCCGGACCAUGCUCGCAAUUCCCUAACCAAUUGCGGCAUACGGCAGCCCGAGUAUGGGGACCGAAAAAUACAUUAUAUGAACACCCGGAAGCGCGGCAUCAACACUCUGGUGAGCAUCAUGUCCCGCUUUGGCAAGGAUCAUGAAACUGUCUCGAACAUUACGCACAACGAGCGCCUGGAGUUCUUGGGUGAUGCCGUGGUGGAGUUCCUCAGCUCCAUCCACUUGUUCUUCAUGUUUCCCGAGCUGGAGGAAGGCGGUCUUGCCACCUACCGAGCAGCCAUCGUGCAAAAUCAACACCUGGCACUACUGGCCAAGAAGCUCCAGCUGGAAGAGUUUAUGCUAUACGCUCACGGCUCAGAUUUGUGCCACGAGCUGGAACUGCGCCAUGCCAUGGCCAACUGUUUCGAAGCUCUGAUGGGAGCUCUUCUUCUGGACGGCGGAAUCAAGGUGGCGGAUGAAGUGUUCACUGACGCGCUUUUCCGUCAGGACGAAAAGCUGUUGAACAUUUGGAAGAACUUACCAGAGCACCCGCUCCAGGAACAGGAGCCCCUCGGAGACCGAGGGUGCAUAGAGUCGUAUCGUGUUCUCAAGGAGCUGACCAAGUUCGAGGAGUCCAUCGGCAUCAAAUUUAAGCACAUCCGUCUGCUGGCGCGUGCCUUUACCGAUCGAUCCAUUGGCUUCACCCACUUGACUCUGGGCUCGAACCAGCGUCUUGAGUUCCUCGGCGACACCGUGCUCCAGUUAAUCUGUUCGGAGUACCUUUACCGUCACUUCCCAGAACACCACGAGGGUCAUCUGUCUCUGCUUCGCUCGUCCCUGGUUAAUAAUCGAACCCAGGCGGUGGUCUGCGACGAUCUGGGGAUGCCUCAGUAUGCCAAUCCUAAAGCUGAUUUGAAAACAAAGGACCGAGCCGAUCUAUUGGAGGCCUUUCUUGGAGCUCUCUACGUUGACAAAGGGCUGCUCUACUGCGAGCAAUUCUGCCAUGUGUGUCUUUUCCCACGUCUGCAACUCUUCAUCAUGAAUCAGGACUGGAACGAUCCCAAGUCGAAGCUCCAGCAGUGCUGCCUCACACUGCGGACCAUGGACGGCGGAGAGCCGGACAUUCCUUACUACAAGGUGGUGGAAGCCAGCGGCCCAACCAACACUCGCGUCUACAAGGUGGCCGUCUAUUUUCGAUCCAAACGGCUGGCUACCUCCAACGGUUCCUCCAUCCAACAGGCGGAAAUGAAUGCUGCUAAACAGGCUUUGGAGAAUUCGCGGGACCUCUUUCCGCAACUGGAUCACCAGAAACGGGUGAUUGCCAAGAGCAUUAAAAAGCAAACUGGCAAUGAGUUGGACGGCGAGAUGGGCGACCGCCAGCAGCAGGAUGAGAAGAUAAAGAGACCCAAGUACGCGGCACCCCUUCAGGACGAAAGCCAUCUGCCGAAGCAGUACCGCAUGCACGAGAACAUCUCCAGUGACGAGCUGCCCGAAGACGAUGAAUUCGAAAGCUCAGCUCGCAAGAGUCCAACACUUCCUCCAAGACCAACCAAGAGCAGUGGUAGCAGCAGCAGUAGCAGUAGCGAUAGCGAUGACUCCAGCUCAUCGCCCAAGAGACGCCGUCGCGUUCGAAAGAGUGCCUCCGAAUCCUCCUCAUCUUCAUAGGGAUGGCCAUUGAACUUUCCAUUCUAAUAUAAUCCUAAAUAUAAUUUAACUAAUAGUUAACCAAAAGGGUCAUCAACUUAUUAAUUCUAAAAGAAAAACGAAGCUUGUCACCAAAAAUUUUGAAAAGAAAAAUGCAACAAUGUUUCCUAUUUCGCUUUUAUUCUUGAGCUUCAAAGCUUGCAAAAUGAUUUCUCUCUAAAGAAAAUAUAACAUUUUCUGUGGACAGUGGACAGUGGACGAUAAUUAAAUCAAAAAGUCUUCGUUUAUCUUUUGGAAAGUGUUUAACCCAUACAUUGCUUUGAGAACUAGCUCCUAGAGAAUUCUCUGUUUCGAUUUUCAAAUAAAGAUAUUAGCCCCAGAUAAACCAAAGUAAA